AUGACUCGUUUUGAUGGAAUGAUAGUCAAUCAAUCACUCAUCGAAAACCCCGUUGAAAUGAUGAACUCAACAAAGCCAAAAGAAAUGUCAAACGAGACUUAUCCUCCGCUUUUUUCGCCGAAAGCUAAACGUUUUCGAGUUCUUUUGAUGAUCGCUUUCUCUAUGUUCGCACAGGGUAUCAUGAAAACAAAUCUCAGCAUGGCAAUGGUUUGCAUGGUAAAUACAACAAAAUCUAGUGUUGAGACUAUAAAAGCCAACACUGAUACAAGUACUGGAAGUUGUAUUGUGGAAAGUGAUUCGGAAAAGAAAGCCAAAAUGAGUUAUGAUGGAACAUUUCUAUGGUCAAACGAGGAGCAAUCAGCCAUUUUUGCUGCUUUCUUUUGGGGUGGCUUGGUUUCAGUGUGUAUGUGUACAUGGUUGAGUAAUAAAUUUGGUCCAACGCGGGUUUUGCUAGCUGGCGGUCUUCUCAAUGUGAUCGCUUCAUUUCUCACCCCUAUUGCCGCCGAUAUGGGUGUUUUUUCGAUCACCGUUGUGAGAGCUGUGAUGGGCGCUGGACAGGGUAUUCAAUAUCCUUUAGGCGCUACGGUGGCAGCUGCCUGGUUUCCGAAAGAAGAAAAGAGCACUGCGAUUGCUGUUUACACAAAUGGGAAUCAAAUGUCAUAUGUGAUUGCAAUGCUUGUUUCCUCGCAAAUCUGUCAAUUCAAAGCGAUUGGUGGAUGGAGAGCCAUUUUUUACAUUUAUGGCGCAAUCGGCGCUUUAAUGUGUCUUUUAUGGUGGUGGGUGGUCACCGACACUCCGUAUGACGCAAAGGAUAUUUCUGAGGUUGAGCUGACACACAUUUGUGGACCAAAAUCGUCGAAGAAAACGGCAACAAGUACACCGUGGAAGGAAAUGCUCACUUCGCCGCUCAUGUUAACACUCAUCGCUUGUACAGUUGGGCAAUCAGUCUCAAUCAUCACCUUGACCACUUAUCUACCGAGUUAUUUCAAGCAUGUGCAGCAUAUGGAUUUAACAAAUAACGGUUUUUGGUCAGCAUUGCCAUUUCUUUGUCAAACGGCGAUGAAAUUUGUGGUCGGAGGUUGUGCUGAUGGGUUGAAACGGAGGUAUCCAAAGAAAAUUGACACGAUUACAAAGUGUUCAAAUUGUUUGGCCACAUUUGGUUGUGCGCUCUGUCUUGGAGUGGUUUCUCUAUUACCAUGUGGUCAUUCGUUUCUCGCUGUGCUUCUCAUCACUCUUGCGACGUCUUGCCUAUCCGGUUAUACUGGAGGCUAUUUCACAGCACUGAUUUCCGUGGCUCCAUUACAUACAGCGGCUGUGAAUAGUGUUUCGAGGAUUUUCGGUCAACUUGCCAGUGCCGGUACCCCAUAUUUUGUGGGAUUUAUCACAAAAACGAAUAGUGCAUUUGAAUGGUUGAUUGUGUUUUUCACGAUUGGAGCCAUUUUGGUCGCUAGCGGGGUGAUGUUUCUCAUUUUUGGCACAGUUACUCCUCAACCGUGGUCACUUCCGAAAGCUGAGAAUAAAGAAAACGAAAAAAAUGAGCUU